CCGUCAAAAGCACAUUUCAACACUGUUUUUUGCUCUAAAAACUAACAUUUCUUGCUCGAAGGACUCUAGCAAUAAUGGGUAAUUCAAGUUUGGUUGUCUUUCUUUCUUGUAUACUCAUAAGCCUUCUUAGCCUAAAGACAGCCGCGAUGUGUUAUAACACAGGCAACUUCACCACUAACAGCACAUAUGCCAAAAACCGCGACAUCGCUCUAUCUUCCCUUGCCUCAAAUGUCUCCGCCAAUGGUGGGUAUUAUGCUACCUCCAUCGGGCAAGGCUCCGACACAGUUUUUGCUGUCGGAAUUUGCAGAGGUGACCUUUCCAACUAUAGGUGUUUCGACUGUAUCAAUUAUACAAGUCAGGUUAUUAUCAACGAGUGCCCGAACCAGAAAGAAGCGAUUAGUUGGGGAAACCCAGCUCUCUGUACCGUGCGGUACUCAUACAAGUCCUUUUUCAGGGUUAUGGAUACUGCUCCAGCUAUCUGUGUGAUGAUUACAAAUAACAUCACCAACAAUGUUGAUGAGUUCGAUCAGGCCAUGGGUACUUUGGUUGAUAGCCUUAUAUUCAGGGCUGCCAUGAGUGCUUCAACUUCUUCUGGAUCUUCUCUUCUCAAGUUUGUAACUGGUAAAGAAAACUUUACAACAGAUCAGGAUAUAUAUGCUCUGAUGCAGUGUACCCCUGACCUAUCAUCAGCUGAUUGUUCAAAUUGUCUAAGAGGAGCAGUGGAUAUAUAUCGAAGUAUUUGUUAUAGGAAGAUACAAGCAAAUGUUUUGGCACCAAGUUGUGUAUUUCAUUAUGAAUUGAACCAAUUCUAUGAAUAUACAGCUGAUGCUUCACCGCCACCACGGCCACCACCUCCACCACCUCCACCUGUAGUUACUUUGGCUCCUCCCCCGUCAACCCCAUCAAUAAACACUACAACCAAAGCAGACAAUAGGAGUGGCACAUUUCGGACUGCUAUUAUUAUUUUUGUUCCAAUGAGUUUGUUAUUAGUCCUUAGUACCCUUGCCAUUGCUUUUUUCCGAUUAAGAAAGUCUGAGGAUGUGCAAAAAAGGUUGGAUUCUGGUGGCCCCUCCAAAAUGGCUUGGACAACAGUCGUAUCAAAAUUAUUUAAGGUUUCAAGACAUGGUGGUUUGCACCAUGCUGGUAAGUAUUGGAAAAUAGAAGAGUAAAAUGCUUUUGCUUGCGCUGUAAAAUUAGAAAAUGAUGUUAUAUAUAAAAUGUUAGGUCCCUAUGUUGUCAAAUCCGGAGACAAAACCUUGUGUUGAUUCAAAAGUAUUUUUUUUGUGUUUUUGUACUGUCCGCUCGAGCGGAGACUUUUGAGCUCGAGCGUAGAUUAGGAGGUCUCAGUAUUUUGACAGGGUAAGCACAAAUACUGGUGGGUGUGAUUGUACGCUCGAGCGGAAUAUCAUACGCUCGAGCGCAUCUCAGCUUAUUCACACGCCGUUUUUGAUCAGUCCGCUCGAGCGGGCUGUGGUGAGCUCGAGCGGAGAUCGCGGAUCCAGAUUUCUAUUUAAAGCUGUUAAGGGUGUUUUUGUGAAGGACGUUUUCCUAGAUCUGAUCUAAACAAACUAGGGUUGUGUUUAAAGUUUUCUUUGGAGAUUUUUGAUAGUUUUCCUUGAUGUUCUUGAGAGAGUUCUGAACUUAUGCAUUGAGAUUCAUACAUCAAGGAGGUUGCUUC